AUGCAAGCAUGGCUCAGUCUAUCGCGUGACAUUUACUCCUUCCGUUGGUUUUUCGCGCGGCAAAUUGAUUCAAUAACCACUAGCAUUGGCCCUUCACACCACAGAAAGGGUAUAAAAGCCACUACCUGGCUUGCAGUUUACCAGGCCCCCACGGAUCCAGCCAUGACCAAGCUCCUCGCUUCAGUUCUUUGCGCUCUUGCCUUGACGUCCGCGGCUCUCGCUGCCCCCACUGGGGGUGCCGCUGCGUCGGUCGAUGCUAUCCCCUCUUCGGUAUUGACCGCAGAGCCAGAACAGGAGACGACACCGCAUGCUAGCGACGACCCCAAUAGCGUCUUGUGGAACCUCACCACAACCGUCGACCCUCCUCAGCCUAUCCGAGGCAGUCUUGGGGCCCCCAUCAUGGCACAGCAGAAUAUCCCUCUGCAACAAAUGAACCCCGACCUCCUCGCUCCCCCGACUACGGACAAUGGUGACAUACCUAACUUGAAGUGGUCCUUUACGAUGAGUACGAAUCGUCUCCAGACGGGCGGCUACGCCAGGCAACAGAAUAUCAAUCAGAUGUCCAUUGCCACAUCUAUGGCUGGUGUCGACAUGCGCCUGGAAGCCGGUGCAAUCCGAGAAUUGCAUUGGCAUAAGACAGCGGAGUGGGCCUACGUCCUCAGUGGCCAAAUGCAAAUUACCGCGGUUGACUCGAGUGGUCGAAACUUCUUGGGCACGGUGAACGCUGGUGAUUUGUGGUAUUUCCCGGCUGGUAUCCCCCAUAGUCUGCAGGCAACGGCAACGAACCCUGACGGAGCGGAGUUCCUUCUGAUCUUCAAUAGCGGAGAUUUCAGCGAAGACUCUACCUUCUUGCUGACCGAUUGGUUGGCGCAUACGCCAAAAGACGUCCUCGCAAAGAAUUUCGGCACUACCAUCGGCGCCUUCGACAAUAUUCCUGCCCAGCAACUGUACAUCUUCCCCGGAGCGGCUCCUUCUCCGGACGCCGUGGCGCCUGAGGAUCCCCAAGGUCAAGUUCCGUUGCCAUACACGUUCCUGCUGUCGGAAACUCCGGGUACCACGUACGCUGGUGGUUCUGUGAAAAUUGCCGACUCGACGACUUUCAAUGCUUCCACCGGCAUCGCCGUUGCUGAUGUCACCGUUGCUCCUGGCGGCAUGAGGUAUUGGCACCCGACACAAGACGAGUGGACUAUUAUAUGUAGUUCCGGGAACGCUCGUGUCACGGCUUUCGCGUCUACAAGCACUGCGCGCACGUAUAACUACCAAGCUGGCGACAUAGGGUUCUUCCCAGCAUCGUAUGGCCACUACAUCGAGAACAUCGGCGACACCGACCUGCACUUUUUGGAGAUCUUCAAUACCGAUGUUUACGAAGAUGUCAGCUUGAACCAGUGGUUGGCUGUGACUCCUCCUGAGCUCGUCCAGGAACAUCUGGAUCUGCCGAACGACACGCUAGCCUCCCUGAGCAAGACCAAGCCCAUCAUUGUCGGGAGCACUUCAGUUUAA